AUGCAUUCUCAGACCUCGACCACAUUCACCCACCAGGUUGACAUACUGGAAACGGUCGCCAAAAUCUUAGCAAAGUACCAAGACAGCGACUACUAUGUCUACGAACGCGAACAGCAUUGGUACAUGGGGAUAGGAAAUCAAUCAUCAUUGAUCAUCGACUCGAAAGGGGAGACCGCGACGAUCAAUACGGAGUCCAGUGAAACAUCUCGGACAGUUGCUGGGGAUUCAAUUGCAGGAAUUGCAAGGGAAUUCGUUUCGGAGAAUACAAAACAUGGUUACCGGGUAUUCGGUCAAGCAGGGUUCAACUAUGCUGCACACGUUCGUGGACAGUCAUUUAACCCUGGCUGUUGGCCACUUUUGGCCUUGUUUGUUCCUCGUACCGAGCUUGUACUGGAGCCUCACACGGUUACUAUCAACGGUGUUCAUGAAGAAGUGAGGGACUUGUAUGACUUGAUCCACCAAAACACAAUGAGCCUUGAUGUUUCUCUUUCUCCUAAGGUGGAACCAAUCGAUACGCUGGAUACCCAAGGCAUUUAUCAAGAUAGGGUGAAAAGAGCUCUUGCAGAUAUCGCUGAAGGCCAGUACGUGAAAGUCAUUCCAUCACGGGCAUUGGAAGUGGGGCAAAGGAUCAAUAUGCCAGCAACCUUGCUUUCAGGCCGGCGCUCCAACAAUCCGGCUCGAACCUUCUGCCUGAACCAUGCUGGCUAUGAGGCGACUGGCUUUAGUCCCGAGCUUGUGAUGUCAAUGGAAGACGGGAAAGUCAUGACUGAGCCAUUGGCUGGAACUCGCUCGAGAAAAGGGACCCCAGAAACCGUCGAGCUACUACGACAAGAGUUACUCAAUGACCCGAAGGAGAUUGUCGAACACGUGUUAUCCGUCAAAGAGGCGAUAACAGAACUUCACCGACUAUGCCCACCAGAGACAGUCAAUGUGGAAGAUCUCAUGUCAAUAAGAGAACGUGGCUCUGUCCAGCAUCUCGGAUCGAGUGUUGCUGGAAUUCUAUCUCCCGAGAAAGACAUGUGGGAUGCAUUUGAUGUCUUGUUCCCCUCAAUUACCGCGUCCGGUAUCCCCAAGGAUGCGGCGCUUGAAGCAAUUCAACGCCUGGAAGAUCAGCCACGGGAGCUCUACUCUGGUGCGGUCUUGAUGAUUGAAGGCCCCAGAUCAGUUGAAGCAGCACUCGUUUUGCGCACUGUGUUCCAGGAUCAAAGCCGUGGUUGGGUUCAGGCCGGAGCUGGCGUCAUCUCUCAAUCGAAUCCAGAGCGAGAACUCACUGAAACACGAGAGAAGCUCGCAAGUAUUGCCCCAUUUGUGAUUCAGAAUGUGUGA